AUGAUAACAGUUAGUAUUGCUGAUGUUUUAGUAUCUGGUGUUCAUGCUCAUGUUAAGGUUGUUCAAAUGAGGUUUUUGUGGUCUGAAAUGCAACUAAUAAGUGAUCUUAACAAGCCAUGGAUAAUUCUUGGUGAUUUUAAUGCAGUAAUUUCUCAAGAAAAGAAAGUUGGUGGUAGAUUACCUAAUAUGACUGCAAUGUUGGAUUUUAGUGAAUGUAUAAAUCAGUGUGAACUUCUUCCUGCUCCAAAAAAUGGUCUUCAGUUCUCUUGGUCUAAUUGUCAACAAGGCUCUAAGAGGAUUUUAUCAUUCCAAAUCCAAAAAAUACACCUGGGAAAUUUCAGAAGAUGUGGAUUAGCCAUCCCAAUUUUAUGCAAGUAUUUUCUGAGUGUUGGGAAAAAAAGAAUUACUGGUGAUCCUGCAUUUAAAUUCUUACACAAGUUGAAGGAACUUAAAAAGGAGCUAAAUGAAUGGAAUUGGAAGGUUUUUGGAAAUGUUCAAGUAAAUAUAAAAGAACCAGAAGAAAGAGUUAAAGAAGCAACAGUGAUAUCUGAUAAUAAUCCUUUUGAUGAAGAUGUUCUCAAUGAAUUAGUUCAAGCUCAAAAUGAACAUGCAAAUAGAACUGCAAGGAAUACAAUUGCUGAGAUAGAAGAUAAUGAUGGAAAUGUACUUGCAAAUCAGGAGUUAAUUGUUCAAUACUUGGUAAAUCAUUUUCUAAAGAAAUUUGAGUAUACUCUUGUGGAAGUAGCUGAUGAAUUGUUGGAAGUAAUUCCUAAAGUUAUCAAUAAAGAUGAUGAAAGAAUGCUUAAUGUUCUACCCGAGGAAGAAGAUAUUAAGAAAAUAAUUUUUGAGAUGGAUCCAGAGAGUGCUCCUGGUCCAGAUGGCUUUUCAUGUAUAUUUUAUAGAAGUUGUUGGGAUAUUAUAAAACAAGAUUUAGUUGCAGUUAUUCAAUUCUGUUGGAGAAGGAAAUUUAUUCCCAAAGGCAUGAAUUCAAGCUUCUUAUUCUUGUUGCCUAAAACACAAGUUGCAAAGACUGUCAAUCAAUUCAUACCAAUAGGUUUGAGUACUGUAAUCUUCAAGAUAUUCACAAAAAUAAUCACAAGCAGAAUGAGUGAAUUAAUGAAGAAGCUGAUAUCUCCUAAACAAGUAGCAUAUGUAAAAGGAAGAAUUAUUCAUGAGCAAAUCCUUCUAGCAUCUGAACUUGUGAAUGAAAUGAAAUUUAAAAGAAGAGGAGGGAAUGUAAGUAUUAAACUUGACAUUUCUCAGGCUUAUGACACAGUGAGUUGGGAGUUCUUGAUCAAAGUAUUAAAGCAAUAUGGUUUUUCAAAUGAUUGGUGUGAAUGGACAAUAACUUUGUUCAAGUCAGCCAGAAUGUCAGUUUUGGUGAAUGGAGGACCCUGUGGCUUUUUUAAAUUUGAGAGAGGACUUAGAUAG